AUGUCUUUUGAGUUUGAUAAUCAUUUUGAAUCCGUUGUUAAAGAUAUCGAAUCCUUUGGUGCAGUGUCUGAUAAUGCAAAUCGUCCGUACACCGCGUCCUUAAUUGGAGAGUAUAAUUGUAAGACGAACACAUGUAGUUCUCAAUGUUUGAUUUUCGACUGUUGUGUGUUAGACAAUGGUCAUGUUCUUAUUACCGACUAUAACAAUCAAAAGUUAAAACGACUUGAUUCGACGUACAAACUGAAAGACUAUUGUCACAUAGACACACCAUUUGGCGUAUGUCAGACUGAACCAAAUGAUGUAGCCGUGUCUUCAUGGGAUGGUAUGAAGAUUUGUCUUGUAAAUGUUGGCAAUAAUAUGACUUUGAAGCGAUCAUUCAAUGUUGGUGUGCACUGUAGGGGAAUUGUUCAUCACAAAGGUGAGCUAUUCGUUGCAUGUGGACCAUUCCAAGGUGUUGAAAAUACGGUAAAGGUGUAUGACCUUUAUGAUCGGCUUCUACGUACUUUACAGUACAAUGUUUCCUCCAUAACACAUAUGUCGAUGAAGUAUGAUGGUUCAAAUAUUGUUUUAGCCGAGAAUAAAAAAGGCUUGGUAAAACUGAACAGACAAGGUGAGAAAACAUCAGAAUUCUCUGAUCCUUGUCUGAAAUUUGCAUUUGGUGUAUGUGGCAGUACAAGUGGUGAUUUGUUCGUAUGUUGUAAGGACUCGAACAAUGUUGUCCAGUUUGACAAAGACGGGGAAAGGAUAAAAGAAAUCCUGACAGAAACUGACGGAAUAAAAUCCCCAGUAUCGGUUACAUUUUUAAAUGCUCCCAAACGAUUAAUACUCACAUUCUGGUCAUCAAACACUAUAAAAGUGUAUACAUUAUCAUAG